UUGGACCCAGACGCUUACUGCACAUGAACAUCAGGGCAUUGCAAAGCAUUGCUGUCGGUCUAGAUGCCCAGGUUCCAGGUGAAAAAUCCAGAGCCAUUUCUAGAACUCAGGAAAGUGACCCGGCCAAGCAUGGGGAACAGCAUCUGUCUCAACAUUACAACAUUCCUCUGGAAGAAGUGAAGACUAUCUUCCCACAUGGAUUUCCCCCUCGUUUUGGAAUGCAGGUGAAGACUUUCAAUGAAGCCUGCCUGAUGGUGCGGGAGCCAGCCCUAGAGCUCCUGCACUACUUGAAAAAUACAAACUUUGCCAAUCCUGCUAUCCGAUAUGUCCUCUAUGGAGAAAAGGGCACAGGAAAAACUCUUAGUCUUUGCCAUGCAGUGCAUUUCUGUGCAAAACAGGACUGGCUAAUAAUGCAUGUUCCAGAUGCUCACUCUUGGAUGAAAAAUUGUCCAGAUCUUCUGCAGUCUACCUACAACAAAGAACGUUAUGAUCAACCUGUGAAAGCUUCAACCUGGCUAAAGAAUUUCAAAACCUCAAAUGAGCAGUUUCUAAACCAGAUCAAAAUCCAACAGAAGUAUAUCUGGAACAAAAGGGACAGCAUAGAAGAGGGCAGACCCCUUGGAGAAGUAGUUGAGCAGGGCUUAACUAGAGUCAAAAAUGCCAGUGAUGCUGUUGGGAUUGUGAUGAAAGAACUGAAGAGACAAAGUUCUUCCGGUUCUUUCCGCCUUCUGGUGGCAGUGGAUGGUGUCAAUGCUCUGUGGGGGAGGACCACAUUGAAAAAAGAAGAUAAAAGCCUGGUUGCCGCAGAGGAGCUGACACUUGUUCAUAAUAUGAAGAAGAUGUUGAACAAUGAUUGGCAUGGAGGGGCUAUCGUGAUGAGUCUGAGCCAGACUGGCUCUCUCUUUAAACCCAGAGCUGCCUAUUUGCCCCAAGACUUGCUAGGAAAGGAAGGUUUUGAUGACCUAGACCCCUUUGUUCCCAUUCAAGUUUACAAUUACACCCCCAAAGAGUUUGAAAGUUGUAUUCAGUAUUAUUUGGAAAACAGAUGGCUUCAGCACGAGAAAGCACACACAGAAGAAGGAAAAAAGGAGCUGCUUUUCCUUAGUAACUCGAAUCCCUGGCAGCUCGAACGGCUCUGUGCUUAUCUCUAAAUCGCCCAUCUCCAUCAGGCCUGGUGCUUGGUAGGUGUCACUCUGAAUCAGAAGGAAAGUCUUCCUCCAGAGGCAGCUAGCUCCAGGUCUCAGGGCUUGGACCCCACAUCUGGCCAGGCUUCCUUUGGAAGUGCCUACAGCAGCUGAAGAUUCCAUCCCUGGUCUUGUUGUCGUAUCAGAAUGUGGACAUUGAGCAUUGUUCUCCAAAGCAGGAUCCUGUGAUCCUUCUUAAAAGAAAAAUGUCAUUGGGUUUAUGAUAUGACAAACACUGGCUAAGCCUUAGUCUUCUGGCUGAGUCUGUAUUGGUGUCUACAUGUUCUCAGUAAAGAGAAUUGCUGGAUUAUUGUGCUUUCUGUAUACAAUACAGUUCAGGAGAUGGAGAUAACUUCCAUUCCUCGUCAGCCCACCCCAUACACACAUGCAUAAAUUCUACCUUUUUUUUUAAUUCAAGUUCUGCCUUUGCUUUCUUCACUUACUAGGCUUAUAUGACUUGGGUUUUUAUAAUAUCUGAUUUGAAUGGUUGCUACAUAGAGGGGGAAAAAACCAAAAAAGGCAAUAAAGCAGCUCUUCUUCCUCUUGACUAUAAAUGAGUUAAAAGACUUUACAUUUAGACUUUAGUGAUUGAUACUGGAGUAGGGAAGGAUUCAGAAGUGAACCAAGAGACCUUCCUGAGGAACAAAAGCACACAUCAGCCAUAACCCUCUUGACUGUGGGUGGCAAAUCUAUGUUGGAGAAAGAAUAAAGAUCCUGGAUUCAAACCCCA